AUGAUUCAGUCCCGACUCGGCCAUCUCGCCGCCCACAACCUCUCCACCUUCCGCCGGCAGCCAUGGAACGAGAUCUCGGGCUCGCUCGGGGACCUAGGCACCUUCUUACCCAUCGUCAUCGCUUUGGCAGAAGGCCAUCAGAUCUCCUUGACAACGACCUUGAUCUUCACGGGGGUCUAUAAUAUCCUGACCGGCGCAUUCUUCGGCAUCCCGCUUCCGGUGCAGCCGAUGAAAGCCAUUGCAGCCGUGGCGAUCCUCAAAUCCCUGACAGCGGGCCAGACGGCGGCAGCCGGGCUCUUCGUGUCCACGUGCAUUCUACUCUUUAGUAUCACCGGGCUUCUGACAUGGUUCACGAGAGUGAUCCCCAUCCCCGUCGUGAAGGGCAUUCAGGUCGGUGCCGGGUUGAGCUUGAUUCUUGCCGCCGGCGGGAAAGCGCUGGCGUCGCUCUCCUGGACGGCGCCGUCCUGGCUGGACAAUUACCUAUGGAUGAUCCUCGCGUUCCUGGCCCUCUUCGCGACCAGCCUCCGGCCUCGGACGCCGUAUGCCUUGCCCGUCUUCCUGGUCGGCAUUGCGUUUGCAGUCGUCCAGGUGGUGGUGGCGGCGGGCGGCGACAAACACGACGAGCAGUUGCCCGGAUUCCGUCUGUGGCGUCCGUACGUCCAAGCCCCCACGGGAGACGAAUGGAGGACGGGAAUCCUGGACGCGGGCGUGGGCCAACUCCCACUCACCACGCUCAACUCGAUCAUCGCCGUCACGCACCUUGCCGCCGACCUGCUUCCGGAGAUUGAAACCCCGUCGGUCACGGCCAUCGGGAUCAGCGUGGCCGCGAUGAAUCUCGUCGGGUGCUGGUUCGGCGCCAUGCCCGUGUGUCAUGGCUCCGGCGGGCUGGCGGCUCAAUAUCGCUUCGGCGCGCGCUCGGGCGCGAGCGUCAUUUUUCUGGGCCUGCUCAAGCUCGUCUUGGGCGUCCUGUUCGGCGAAAGCCUCUCGGAUCUGCUGGGCCGGUUCCCGCUGGCGUUGCUUUCCGUCAUGAUCAUCGCGGCCGGGUUGGAGCUUGCCAGCGUGGGAGAGAGUUUGAACACGCCGCGAGCGCGAGAUCUGGGUAAAAAAGAAGAAGAAGAAGAAGAAGCAGAAGCAGAAGCAGAAGAGGAAGAAGAAGGCGGCCGUCGAUGCGGCGAGAUCACAGAUGAUGAGAGAAAGCGCAGAUGGUCCGUCAUGCUCGUGACGGCAGGUUUGCUCAUCGCGUUCAAAAACGACGCCGUGGGCUUCGUGGCUGGCAUGUGCUGUCAUUGGAGCUUUCAACUGUCGAGCUAUAUGACGAUGCGAACACGCACCAGCAGCACCCGCGGCGAGACACUGCAGCACGCGGAAGAAGGGGAGGCUCUACUUUCGUGA